UUGCUACAUAUAAUUAUUAUAACAAUUGUUAAGCUUCACAAGUAUGCGAAUCUUGUUAAUUGUAACAUUUAAAAUCGGUUAAUGGACAAAACUUGAAAACGCUGUUUCAUUUGUGAUGGUAAUAGAGCCAUCAACUUCGUAAAGGGAACCAAGGUAUACUCUUUAUUCCAAAAAACAAAAACAAAAAAAAGCGUAACAUUGGCAAGGAUGAUACAGUAUUUAAAUUUCAUCAUCGUUGGGUGUUGUGUUGUUUUGUUUCUAGAAGGAAAUUGAAAUUGGAAACUUGACGUGGAUAGGAAAUUCUAUGAAUUAGGGGGAAACAAAAAAGAAUCGACGUUGAACAAAGGGAAAACAGAAAGAAAAAGUAAAAGUAUUGUUAUAUAUUUAUAAAUAAAGUGAAAUUGCAGAAAAACAAGUUGAUGAGUUUGCAUGUAUACGAUGUUUCUACGACAAUGGUUUUGUGAUAAAAACAUAUAUAUGUUUAUUGGAAAAGUUCAUAAAAGUUUGUAGACGAAAAUAAUUUUAUAGUAAAACAUACAUUACAUGUUCAAGAUCUCAAUAUAACCACAUCAAACGAACAGCGAUUAUUGUCAGUAAAUUUGUGUGUAUUGCGAAAGAAGAAUCAUGGUGCUAGGAUCCACAACAAGUUUAGUUCUGUUUUCAGAUAACAAAUUUCAAUCUAAGGAAAGAACUUGCAGCUCGUUAAAGUUAAAAGAGGAAAAGAAGUCUCCAAGGUCUCCAAGAGAUAUUAUCUUUACACAGCGUUUAUAUGCAACAGCCAGUCUGGAUAAUAUACAUUCGAACCAUCUCAUGAACCAAUCACAUUUUAGAAUUACGAAACAUGGUAGCAGUUCUGAAUCGAGCGACGAAGAAAAAUACGAACAUCUGAAAAGAGGGACUAUAAGUUUACAAAACUUAAAAGAUAUCGAUAAAAAAGAAACGAAGAAGAAGAGCUUUAGUAAAAAAUCGUCAUCAACACGAGGCUCUUUAAAAAGAGUAUCUAAAAUAUUUUCAAUGAUAUUAACAGAGCCAACCGAAACUAGCGAUGAAAAGCAAUCAUCUCCACGAGUGAGAACUCCGUCGAUAUUUCGCAGACUGAGUCGUGUCGUGGAAAACACAGACCCAAACAAACUAACCAAUGAAAACACAACAAAUUGGACACGCAGGUUAUCUUUUAAAAGAAAUAGCGAACCUAAUACAAAUUCUAAUCACUUGACCAUAGAAGACGACACUUCUCGAUUGCAUCACAGUCGAAGUUUUGGUUCUUUGCGCUCUCCAUUUUCUACGCCGAAACAUUUACAAAAACUACUGACGGAUGACGAGAAAAUGAAAUUAUUCACAGAAAUGUUGGAAUGCAUACGUCACGAUGAUUGUAAGCGAUUAAAAAUUUUAGUUAAACGUCGACUGAUUGAUAUUAACACCAUACAAGAUUCCAUGUCUCUUUUACACGAAGCUUGUUUCAAAGGAUGUAUUAAAUGUAUUAAAGUAUUAACUAAAAAUGGUAGCUCAGUGACGUUACUUGAUGCAACGGGUUGGACGCCUUUGCAUGCAGCGGUUGCUGGUGAGAACGUGGAGUGCGUCAGAUAUAUCUUACAGUGUGAAGCAUCUCUAACCUCUAUUACAGACGACGGAUGGUCUCCGUUGCAUUUAGCUGUCAGUGUUGGUGAUUUACACAUAGUUCAUGAAAUUAUCAUGCAUGGCGGAGAUCCGCUAUUUCAUGCAGCAGGAAAAUUAACACCAUUCCAACUUGCUAUUAACAUGAAACAGACUCUAAUAUUGGAUUACUUUUUACAUUUGCAAAGAUUUUUAGUUUCCUGAACGAUGGAUCCUGUCCCUGAGGCACUUGCUUGUUUAUUCUAUAGCUAUUAAAAUAGCGAAAAGCCCUGGGGACGAAGUUAUAAAACUAUCAAAUUAUUUUUAUGUUUUAUGAUUGCUUCUCACAACUAUUUGUAAAAACUCCAAUCAUAGAGAAAAUAAAAUAAAUCAGACA